AUGUCAGAGAGGAGAAGUCAGAAGAAGUCCAUCUUUCUGUCCUUAUUAUUAGUGUGUUGUAUGUUUGCUAGUGCGGAGUAUUCCAGCUGUGGAGAGUAUGAAUUCUUCAACCAGACCAGUAACAGUUGCCAGGCCUGCCCCCAGUGCCAGCCAGGACAGGAGCCGCAUAUGACCUGUGGCUACGGUGUGAAGGAUGAGGACUUUGCCUGUGUGCCAUGCCCACAGGGGAAAUACUCCAAAGGGAAGUAUGAGAUCUGUAGACGGCAUAAAGACUGUGACGCCCUCUACAAAGCCACUGUGCGCGUAGCGGGAACCCCGGACAGCGACGCAGAGUGUGGACCCUGUUUGCCAGGGUAUUACAUGCUGGAAAACAGACCUAGGAAUCUCUAUGGAAUGGUUUGCCACUCCUGCCAGAAUGCACCGCGCAACACCAAAGAAUGCCGCAUGGCAACCAGCAGGCAAGGAGAAAAACCUCUAAUUGAUCCUGGCAGCACUACUGUGUUCCCUCAUCCACAAAAAGAUUCCACUGGACAAGGUCACCUAGCAACGGCUCUCAUUAUUGCCAUGUCAACCAUUUUCAUCAUGGCAAUCGCCAUCGUCCUCAUCAUCAUGUUUUACAUCCUGAAGGCCAAACCGAGUGGCCAGGCAUGUUGUUCCGGACAAGUUGUAAAGGCAGUGGAAGCUCAGACCAACAAACAGGAAGACAAGAAAGAUGUCCCUGACAACGUGGUGAUCUACUCGGAGAAAGACGAGUUUGACAAGCUAAAAGCUCCUCCACAGAAGACGGUGAAAAGUGAAAAUGACGCGUCAUCAGAGAACGAGCAGCUGCUGAGCCGUAGCAUUGACAGUGAUGAGGAGGCGGCAUCCGAGAAGCAAGGAUCAGCCGAGAACAACAACCCUAACUUGUGCCUUGUCAAUUUGGGAAACAAGCCUGACCUCUGCCUGCUCUCUCUGGGCCUCUUGGACCGCGACCGAGCCUGCAACGGGACCCCCACCAUUGCAGCCGGGCAGGCCAAUAACAUCCAGAGUCCAAACCACAUCGCCAACACCAACCACAUCAGCAGUGUGAACGCAAUCAAUAACAACAAUAAAACCCCAGGGAUGCUACAGAGUCGAAGGAAAAAGAUCCUGGAUCUGUAUGCCAGAGCCUGCAAUGUGACAGAGGGCCUGAGCCCCACAGAGCUUCCCUUCGAUUGUCUAGAGAAGGCCAGCCGCAUGCUGAGCUCCUCCUAUAGCAGCGAGGCGGCCGUGGUGAAGACGUGGAGGCAUCUGGCCGAGAGCUUCGGGCUGAAGCGUGACGAGAUCGGUGGCAUGAGUGAUGGCCUGCAGCUCUUCGAGAGAGUAAGCACAGCGGGCUACAGCAUCCCUGACCUCCUGACCCGCUUGGUACAAAUCGAGAGGCUGGACGCCGUGGAGUCGCUCUGCUCGGACGUGCUCGGCACCAGUGAGAUGGCGGCAGCUGCCGGACGGGUCAGCAGUUUUCACAGCCAGUUGGUCUGUCAGUCCCCGUGCUCAUCUCCAUCCCAGCGCUGCGCCAGUGUCUAAAUACGUGGUGGAGCAGAGACUUCAGAGACUAUGAUGCCUUACAGUAUACAUGUAUGUAGGGACAGAUACUGCUCUGGCACGGAGGACAGCACAAAUACAGUAUACACCUUAUCGCCAUCACAUGAAGAAUGUCAGUGGACUUCCCUGUGCACAAUCCCUUUUUUCCUAUUAUGGGUUUUCUCUGUCAAGAAGCUAAUAAUCUGCAAUACAUUGUAUGGCCUUCAUUUUCUGUUUUUCUAAAGUGCUACAGACUUUGAGAAAGACAAAAAUCAAAUACCGAAGAUUAUUCUCUGCAGGAAUAAAAUAAUCAGAAUUUUUGUCUUCCUCCAAUGGAAUUUUAGUUUUAAAAAAAUAGCUAGAUUAACUGUGCGCUGGACGCAACACAGGAACAGCUUUUACAGUCUGUCAUCAAAGUUUUUUAUACAACAUUUGGUACACAGUUUGAAAAAGCCCAUACAGAUGCAAUGGUGUGCUGAUGGAGAUGCAGCAGUGCCAGUUAAGUGCUUUUCUUGUAGACACACCGGUAAAACAAGUGGAAGGACUGAGGAUGACUACGUCCUCUCACUGAACCUUCUGAUCAGGACCAAAACCUUCUUUUUAAUCCCGCAGCUGACACAAUAUACAGAGAGCGUACUGAUUUGACCGCAGCAUCAGUUAACAUUCAUAACUUUGGGCUGUGCUGUCAUCAUACAGGAAAGACAGCAGAUACGAGCUCCCUACUUAAAAUACAAUCGUUAUGCUCAGCUGGAAAUGCUAAAGCAUCAUUCAGAUCAGCUUACAUCUGCAGUCUACACUACAGAACAGUAUUUACAUUUUUUAAGAAUUACCUAAAGACAUUAUGCACACUGCUUUUUACGUUAAUUCUGAGUUGAUCCUGCAAAGUUGUUUACUUUAAAACACAGACUCAGCUCUAUUAACUGAUUAGCAUGUGUGGAAACGCUGAUCACGAACAGAUAAGGUUUACAGAAAUUAAUGCAGCAUUACUCUACUCUGCUGCUUCUUGCGUUCUGCCUUAACAGACACAUGUAAAUCCACUUUCCCAAGGUUAACACACACAGACUUACUGCAACUACUUCCUCAGCAGUGACCCAGUCUGUGACCCCCUCCCCUCAUAAUUCUUCCUCUCCCCGCUUAUUCCCCUUUUACCUCAAUGCUGCGGUCUAGUGCUGCCGCCAGCCCUAAUUAUUUGGCGUGUGGCUCCCCGGGCCCCUAAUAGGCUGAAGUGUUGUGGUUUACAGAGCGGGUGCAAAGUGCCUGUGAUUUCCAGCACCCAAUUAAGCAUUUAGGGCCACUUAACCACUGAAAGCCCAGUGGAAAAGCUGUAAAACCCUACAUUAAAAAGAGAGAUGCCACGGCAGAGGCAUGACUAACUGCCCCCGGGUUGCUGCACUGUGAACGGUGCAAGAAUGCAGCCGGUCGUGGUGGAAGCAGCGCUACGGUCAUCCUAUAACGUCUGACCUUACUCAGCUUUUGUGGUUGGCUCAGUCAUGCUCAGACAGCAUUUAAACUCCCCUCUUCCCUAUGGGACCAAUAUAGCAAAUGAGAACAAUAUGCAGUUCUUCUGAAAAGCAGCUGAAGCCGGUUAAGUGCUGUACGUACAGAGACCACGGGUGGCUCUGAUAAGCGUGAAGUUAAACUUUGUGAAGAGCGUCACAUUAAUGCCCAUCUUAGCUCCAUUAAUAUAGGUAAUGUUAACCGAUAAGAUGCUGUAGGUCUGCUUUUUGUAGCAGUGAAGCUUCCAAACUCAGCAGUGAGCUCCGAAGGCCAACUGUUACAAACAAUGCCAAAGCUUACUUUGAUCUCAUUUCUUGGUAAUAGGACUGAUCUUUAUCUGAUGCCUGUUGUUGUCAGCAUAAUAUCCCAUGACAACUCUGCACAAAAUCAAACACAUCAUCUCCCACUGCAAAGUCCCUUUUCUUGAUGCUUUUUUUGUUCCUAUUUUACAUUGCAAACUCUGGGGCUGGACUCCAGUACUUUAACUUAAUGAAUGUGCAUGUUUAUCAAGCAUGUGUUCAUAUUUUCUUUUUCUUAAAUCUCUCCAGUCAAGGCAAAUAAAAAAAGCUCACAUUUAAAUAUACUGCCUUCUUAGAGCAGGGUUGUCUUCAUCAAAUCCAAUUCAAUUCAAAACAGGUUGAACUAGUUAUUUUUAUGAUGUUUUACGCUGUUGAACUUUUGUAAAUAAUCUAAUUGGUGGAUUGAAUUGAAAUGAAAUGGACCCAAGGCCUCUCUUCAGACAGGCCGAAUCUUGUCUGAUAUAUAUUAUGCUGAAAGGAUGAUACACAGAAGCCAAACAUGAAUUACUUACCUCAGUAGCACACACAGUAUAGUAGAACAUGUAGAAACACACACAGACUCAUCACCAAACC